AUGCAAAACACCGCCGAAGACAUCUCUCACCAGGCCACUGGCCACAAGGCUAACUUGAGCAACCCCAACACUUCCGAGGCUUCCAAGCAGCAUAGCAAGCAAGUGCUCGAGUCACUCGGCGGCGAGAACGCUUUCUAUGGCAAGCAGGGUGAAGGCGAUAUCGAGCAGAACCCUGGCAAUGUUGCUGGUGGCUUGAAGGCCGCUAUAAACAACCCUGAGGGCAAUGAGCAUUAUGUUUCCGAGGAGGGCAAGCAGCAGGCCAAGGAGAAGUUGGAUGGUAUGCAGUAG